AUCGAAUACUAGUUCUAUAGAACUUGUCAUAAAGCGGUACCCAGGCUAAGGCAGCAAAUAUAAAUAAAUAAUCAAAGCACCUUAGCGAAAUCUAAUAAAUCUAUAAAAUACAGAAAAUACAACAAACACAAAAGACAAAUAAAACAAACGUUUUGUUAUCUAGAUCGUUUUGCGGGAAUAAUUAUAUCGAAGUGAUUGUGUUUUAAGCAUUCCCAUCAGUGAUUCCUUCCCAGAGAGUGAACGACAGUUGUCUUUUUGAAUUUCACACAUCAACAUGUCUGCCAAAACGCCUAGAGUUCGUACCUUGAUGGAGGAGUUUACGCUGAGUAAUUCUCAGCUUGCUGAGGUUAGCCGUAGGUUUCUGAACGAAGUGAAUCGUGGUUUAUGUGGACAGACUCAUGACAAUGCAGAUGUUAAGUGCUUCGUGACGUAUGUUCAGGAUCUACCAACGGGAGAGGAAGUCGGCAGGUACCUGGCUUUGGACUUGGGCGGUACGAACUUCCGAGUGCUGAUGGUCACUUUGAAGGGACACCAUGAAGCCGAUAUGGAUUCGAAGAUCUAUGCCAUUCCGAAGGAGAUCAUGACGGGACCUGGAGUUCAGCUCUUCGAUCACAUUGCUGAAUGUCUAGCCACAUUCAUGAGGGAGCAUAAUUUGGAAAACGAACAUCUUCAUUUAGGGUUCACAUUCUCGUUUCCGUGUCAGCAACUCGGUUUGACUAGGGGAAUUUUGGUUCGCUGGACUAAGGGUUUCAAUUGUGCAGGCGUGGAAAAUGAAGAUGUGGUGCAGUUGUUGAAGGACGCUCUAAAACGUCGUCAGGUUGAUAUAUCAGUUGUGGCCAUACUCAACGACACCACAGGAACUCUUAUGUCAUGUGCCCAUAGAAACAAACAUUGCAAGAUCGGCGUGAUCAUUGGCACCGGAUGCAAUGCCUGCUACCUUGAACGUGUGGAAAACGUUGAUCUUUACGAUGGUCCUCUGAAUAAGUCUCAUGUCAUAAUAAACACCGAAUUUGGGGCAUUCGGAGAGAGUGGAAUGUUGGACUUCGUCCGCUCGGAAUACGAUCGAUUUGUUGAUCAGGGAUCGAUGAAUCCUGGAAGACAAAUCUACGAAAAAAUGAUCUCAGGCAUGUAUAUGGGCGAGAUUGUGCGAUUAGUGAUGUUGAAGGCGAUCGACAGGAAGCUUUUGUUAACUGAUUCGGGACGUAAACCUCAACGUCUUCAGAUUGUGGGAAGUUUCGAGACUAAAUUCGUGUCGGAUAUUGAAUCGGACGCUGAGGGAGAUUAUACCAAUUGCAGAGCGAUUCUAGCCGGACUUGGAAUUCGCAAUGCCACCGACGAUGACUGUGCAGAUGUGAAGUAUAUUUGCGAAUGUGUUUCAAAGCGGGCUGCACAUCUGGUAGCAUGUGGACUAUCUAUGUUGAUCAAUAAAAUUGAUGAGCCGUUCGUGACGGUGGGCGUGGAUGGGACAGUGUACCGAUUACAUCCCAAAUUUAAAGGUUACAUGUUUGAGAAGAUGAGGCAGUUAGUCAAGCCACACAUAGAAUUCGAUUUGAUGUUAUCCGAGGAUGGUUCGGGACGUGGAGCUGCGCUGGUCGCAGCUACAGUUGAUGAUUAGAAUUAAAAAGCAUAGUUCUUCUUGUUAUUCCUACUAGUUAAGAUCUCGUUAUUAUUGUUAAUAUUGUUGUUUGAAAAAUAUAAAAAAAAUAAAACAUUACUUAAAACCAAAUACAAUUUUCAGUUAAACGAUUGGACAGUGCAGGAAAAAAACCAAGUCCUUGA